UUGAAGCUCGAGAAGCACGGACGAAAAAGGCAAAAGAAGGGAGAGAGAGUCUCUCACCAAACGGCCCCCUUCCCCUAAAACCACCACUACCAUCACCAAAUCAAUCUCCUCCCUCUCUAUAAAAUCUCUCUCUAUUUUUUGUGUGUUAAACCACUCUCUAAAUUCAUUAAAAAAGAGGUUCAAAAAAUAAUGGAAACCCUAAUCAAAUCACUCCCAGACCUCCCUAUCCUCUUCUCCUUCUUCCUCACCAUUUACCUCGCAGCCCAUUUUCUUGUUUUCCGUAACUGGAGUCCCAAGAUCCGACCCGAAGCAGCCAGUUGCUUAAUCUCUAUAUUUCACGGUACACCGGCGGUGUUUUUAGCGACGCACGCACUAUUCACCAACCCAAACCGAGGUUUCUCUUCCUUAAACACAAAAACAGAAGCCUCGGUCCUUGACUAUAGCAUUUCCUACUUCUUAAUGGAUCUUAUUCACUACCUUAUUUUCUCACCAAGUGACAUCCUUUUCAUCGGGCAUCACUUGGCAACUCUUUUUGUAUUCGUCACUUGCCGCUACCUUGUCGCUCGCGGCGCCUACGCGGUACUGAUGCUGUUGAUUCUUGCAGAGGUGACUAGCGCGUGUCAGAACGCGUGGACACUUGCCAAUGCGAGGAGAAUCGAUGUGGAGUUUGCUGCCAAAGUGUAUGAUUUUUUGUCUCUGCCAUUUUAUGCCUUUUAUUCCGUCGUUAGAGGGAUUUUGGGGCCUUAUUUUGUGUAUCAAAUGGGUGCGUUUUUUAUUAGUGGGGUUGAUGGUGGUAUAAUUCCCAAAUGGAUUUGGGUUUCUUGGUUGUUUGUUGUUGUAAUUGCUAUUAGUGUUAGUAUUUUGUGGGUUACCAAUUUGUGGGUUCAAUUGUACAGAGAAAGGAGUGCUAAAUUGGAAAAGAAAUCGACAUAAAUUAAUAAACUCAAAUUUAUGUUUUCAUUUCUUCA